AUGUAUGGAGCAAGUCAAGGACGUGCUGUAUCUGUAGUUACCCUUCUACUAUGCGUGGUAGGUUGUCUAUCUAGACCAUAUCACCGUCCAGCGAGUUACUAUGCUCCAGCACCGGUUGGUCAAGAUGGUCAAGUGAUAGACACACCUGAAGUAGCUCAAGCCAAAGCUGCUCAUUUAGCUGCCUUCUCAAAAGCUGCGUCGCGACCUCUCAACCCAUACUCUCUGAGUGCUGUCAAUCAAGUUCACGGUGCCUACUCAAAUCCAGGCUUCUAUAGUGCUAUGAUUCAGCAUGGACCUUAUGGCUACCAAGGACCUCCAGCACCCUUAGCUCAUGAUGGUCGAGUAAUCGACACACCAGAGGUGGCUCAGGCCAAGGCCGCUCAUUAUGCUGCCUUCAGUCAAGCAGCAUCUCGCAGUUACGAAGCCGGUCCAUCGAGCAACAAGGACGAUUAUAACGAUUACGGAGCUUACAGCGGCGACGACGACGAGUCUAGUGGCAGUGUCGAAGGUCAUUACGAUGGUCAAUCGACGUAUCAGGGACCACCGGCACCUCUAGCUCAAGAUGGACGUGUGAUCGACACUCCAGAGGUCGCGGAAGCUAAAGCUGCCCAUUUGGCUGUACUGCAGAGGGCUCACUCAAAUGCACCUCCACCUGUUCAUAGACGAUAUUAUUGA